GCACAUUUCUACCGACUUUUUGCCGAACGUGGCAACGGUGUUCAGCGGCAAGUGGUGGAUGCGUACACAGAAUUUACAAACAUCUGGUGUUUGUUGUUGUGCACAGUGAAUUUGUUGCGAGUAUUCAAAAAUGUUUUCAGGUUGUUUUAGCGGCAAUUAUAGCAUUGUUAUCAUUGAUAGACAAUUUUCAAAGAUAAUGUGACGUCGGAAGUGCAUUCUUUGUGGAGUUAGCAGUGAAAAAACUGAUGCAACCUUCCUCAGGUUUCCUAGUGAUAAGAAAAAACAAGAAGAAUCUUCAAUGGGUGAAUGAAAAGAUGAAAGUUAAACUUGCCGUCCAGACUUUGAGCAAGAGUGUUGCAGAAGCAUUAGACUUUUUGAACAAAGAUCUGGCUAUAGCUGACUUCAAGGAUUCAGAAGCUACAUCAUAUUUUUGUAGAACAGUAAACAAUUUAUUUGAUGUUUUUAAUUCAAGGAAUAGGAUAAAAUUAGGAUUUUUGGGAUUCAUAAUUUCAAUAAACAGCCUGUAUGAAUAUAGAGUCAAAGAAACCAAAGAGCUGAAGUACCUUCUCACAUAUAAGUUAUCUCAAGAUCAUUUGGAAAUUUUCUUCAGUUGUAUAAGAAGCAAAGGAGGAUACAGCAAUAAUCCUACCUCGAAGCAGUUUCAGAAUAUUUAAAAAAAAUUAUUACUUCAUACUGAAAUUAGUGGCAAUGAAGCAUCCAAUGUCGUCGCAUUAGAUAGCACAUCCAUUUUGCACUGUUCAUCAUCAUCUUUAGAG